CUAAGCUUUCUUCAACAGAGUGUUUUUCCGUUCUCUCUCUCUCUAUAUAUAUAUAUAUUAUAUAUAAGUUUGUAUUAGUGAAAACAAAGCACUGAGAAAUCCACUAAUCCAUAAUAUGUCGAAGGAGAUAUGGGUAGUCCCAUUUUUCGGGCAAGGCCAUCUUUUCCCAAGCAUGGAGCUUUGCAAGCAAAUAGCUUCUAGAAACAUCAACACUCUCCUUGUUAUUCCUUCCAAUCUCUCCUUCUCAAUUCCCUCCUCUCUCCGCCAAUAUCCACUUCUCCAAAUCGUCGAAAUUCAACCAACUUCGGCGCCAUCGGCGCAGCCGGGGCCUGACCCAAUCGAUCAACCUCCCCAUGGUAACCCUGAUCAAUUCGAGAUGGGCCUUGAAAACCUCCUCCAAGCCCAAGUAACAGGCCCAGAUUCAGUUCGGCCCAUUUGUGCCAUCCUUGAUGUCAUGAUGGAUUGGACGACUGAGGUCUUCAACAAAUUUGAUAUCCCCACGAUUGGUUUCUUCACCUCUGGUGCUUGCUCAGCUGCCAUGGAGUAUGGCCUCUGGAAGGCUCAACCCAUUGAUCUCAAGCCUGGUGAGGUCCGUUUGCUCCCUGGAUUGCCCGAAGAAAUGGCAGUUACUUACUUGGAUACCAAUCAACGACCACAUCAGCCACCUGGUCCGCCACUACACUUAUUUGGUGUUGGACAUCAAGGCCCAUUUGUAGAUGGUGCACAUCGGCCUCCAGGCCCACCACCACCUCCCUAUUUAGGUAGGGCCGGACCAAGACAAAGAGGCCCACCAAAACAUGGUAGCCAACCACCAUGGGUUGAUGGAUUGAAAGGGUCUAUUGCUUUGAUGAUUAACACGUGUGAUUAUCUUGAACGUCCAUUCAUCGAAUACUUAACCAAGCAAAUAGGAAAGCCUGUGUGGGGUGUGGGACCACUUUUGCCCGAACAAUUUUGGAAUUCUGUUAGUUCGAAUUCGAUUCUUCAUGAUCAUGAAAUUCGUACAAAUCGACAAUCAAAUGUUUCAGAGGAUGAUGUCAUCCAAUGGUUGGAUUCGAAGCCACGUGGCUCGGUGUUGUAUGUGUGUUUUGGCACUGAGGUUAGUCCAUCAAUGGAAGAGUACUCAGAACUAGCAGAUGCAUUAGAGGCGUCAACCCAACCAUUUAUUUGGGUGGUCCAUUCCGGGACGGGAAGGUCAGGUCCUCCACCAAGUCUCGGAACAACCCAAGAAGAUUAUUUCCCUCAUGGGCUUGCUAGCCAAGUUGGCCCAAAAGGUUUGAUAAUAAAUGGUUGGGCCCCACAAUUACUCAUUCUAAGCCAUUCAUCGAUUGGUGGAUUUUUGACACACUGUGGGUGGAACUCUACGGUUGAAGCAAUUGGGCUUGGAGUCCCACUCUUGGCUUGGCCCAUUAGAGGAGACCAGAAUUAUAAUGCAAAACUGGUUGUGGCUCAUCUGAAAUUGGGUUUCAUUAUUUCGGAUAAUUUAUCGGAAAAGAUAAAGAAACAUGAAAUUGUUAAGGGAAUAAAGACACUAAUGGGGGACGAUGACAUAAAAUCACGAGCAAGAAACCUUGCAGCUAUAUUUCAAAAGGGAUUUCCAAUAAGUUCUACCACUAAUUUGGAUGUUUUUAGAGACAUGAUAAAUAACUUUACUUAAAGUAUAUAAAUUCAUUAUUGGUAUUGUUUUUUCA